CGCAUUCCUUCAGGUAAGGUCCAUUUUCUUUAGAACCUCGGGGGCGGCCGGGGGGAGGGGUCCUGGGACCCCGGUCGCCUCCCGGGACAAUCGCCCAGCGGAAUGCGGCGCCGCGCGAGGCAGGGUCCCCGAGCCCGCGGCGCCCCCCGGACGCACCUGGCGCGGCCCGAGCACAGCGCGCCGCUCGCCCACGUCCUCGCAGGCAGGAAAGUGGCGCUGCUCCCGGGCCCCCGAGAGCCCGGGCGUAGCGGCCCCCCAGGGGCGGGACACUCUCCCCUCACCCCCACGUCUGGCUGUGAAACGUGUGGCUAGCAGGGCGUCACAGCGCCGGGAGGGGGAGGGUGUUCCCGCGUCAAGUCCCCUCCUCGCCCCGACCUUUCCCCGGGCGACGACCGCGAGCCGCCGCGGGGCCUCCCCGCUUCCCCGGCCUCGAGCUCCCAGCCCGUGCCUUCCCGGGCCCCGGGCCUCCCGCCCUCGAACGGCGAGGCCCCGGGACCGUCCUGGACCCGCUUACCCGGGCAGAAAGGAAGAGACACUCGUCUGUUGUCCCAAAAACCCCUCAGUGCCUUGGCUUCGCGGGGAAAUGGUUGCCUUUGUGCAAGUGGAUCGGCCUGGCCUCUCUUCAUUUGCCUUGUCUUUUAUUUUUCCAAGGAAAAAAUAUCAGCAGAGAAAGUUCCAGACUUUCUCUUCCCAUGCAGCCUUGUUUUCUGUAUUUAGCAAAUGCCAAACAUCGACCAUGUCUGCAAAUUUCCUCUCGGGUGUAGAGAACAAGAAGCUUGAAUUUCGGGUCUCUCUUGCAAUGGGGAGUGACAAAAUAGACAACGUUCUGGCCAAAGAGACAAAGGAAAUGAACAAAGGUCUACUGAGAAGACUGAUGUCGCCAUGUGCAGCCAGCAGACUCCCCGAGCCUCGGGCCUCCACCUCUUCUGGGAAGGUUCUCCUCGCUCUUACCAGACCCAGCCGUAUCACCUGCCGCCCCUCCCGGUGGCUGCCGUCCGCUGGCCGUGUGGUCACCGAAGACCUCCGCUCCUGCAGUUUCCUCCCUGCUCCACCUGCUCUCUUCCCGACGGCCCUACAGAUGGCCACACUCCUCCGUGGCUUCUCUCUGCCUCCGCUUGCUCACCUCCAGCGAUCUCCGCCAACACGCUGCGAUCAGGGACCCUGCCCCCUUGUGGGAGGAAGGCUUCGAGCAACCUCACCGUCCCGGCACCUGCCCAGGCAGCUCCUCCGGCCGUCCAGGGCUCGCGUCACAGUCUCCCUGAAACACUGCCGUCCUCAUUCUUGCUCCUGUGUGAUCACCGCCCUCGCCCUCGGCUGUCUUCUGCUCUUGCACCUGCACCUGCCCCCCCCCCCUCCCCAACCCAGCAUCCCCCAGGGGGCUGGGGGAGGGGGAGGAAGCACUCGAUCGGUGAGACUCCUUCCAUUGUAAAUUCAUGCUCACGGACCUGGACCUAGGGGUGCUCCCGGCAGCCCUGCUCUCUCCCACUCUACUCCCACUCUCUGCACAGACGACUUCAUACCUCCUCUCCUCUUCUCCCCGAGCCGCCCUCGCUCCCGCCCUCCCUCCCUUCUGCUCUGUGGAGCCACAUCUGACUUCAUCGAGAAAUUCCAAGCCAGCAGAGUGAGCUCCCUACCUGCCCCCGCCUGCACCUCUCUGCAUUCCUGCUGUCGAGGUGGAAGAAUCGUGCCUUCUCCCUUCUGGCUGUGAAGCUAGCUGCCCCCCCUCCCCAGCCCGGGUUCCCAUCCCUUCUAGCUUGUCACUCUUACAGGCACCCCCAUUUUCUCAACAACAGGAGGCUUCCACUGGAGGGUGAGCUGGCUCAUUAGUUAGGGACCCAAUGUCACUCAGCUUUCCCUAAAGAGAAAUGUUUCUAAUUGUCACCUGGCUAAGGAUGGUGUGGGACUUGGCGGGGGAAAGGUCUACUCUUGGUACACAGUCUCUCAGGUGAUCCCUGGUCUACCAUCGGUCCGUGUACAUCCUCUUCGAGGCGGCUUCCUGGAAUUACUGAGUUCUGACACAGAACAGCAUCUCGAAACCCUCCCAGCCAUGUCCUCACCCAACCAUCAGCCUGGGUCGAUCAUUCCCACCACUGGCAGGUGAAAAAGGGACACCUCUGCGUCCGUGGAGGAUGUACCUGAGAUGGCACACCCAGGGCGCCUGGCACACAGAAGAUGCUCGCUGUGCCAGGAUAGUCCGCGCCGGUCCCUAAGAGAGUGUGUCCCAGGAUGCUCCUUGCACCGGCAUUUACGCACGAGGAGGGAGAUGCCCCAGAUGCAACGUGGUCAGAAACACACCUCAGGAUGUUGUGCAGCACUCAGGGGUGAUGGGUUGGACGUACACACAGCAGUAUCUCCAAGCCUCGUGUCGCCUAAAAACAGGAAGGACCAGAAGGUCCAUCACCAUGGGCAACAACACAGGUGUUUCUGCACGCCCUUGAAUAAAAGUGCAUAUGUGGAACCCACCAGGAGGUUGUCCGUGGAAGGGGUGAGGUGGGGCUCACAGACAGACAGAUAGAAGUGGGGUCUUGCGUGGGGCUGUGCUGAUGGGGGUCGGGAGCCUGGACUGAGACAUGUGAUGAUGCCCUCAGUCGUGAGCCGGUUCACCUGCCCCUGCCCUUCCGGUCUAACUCAGCAAGGUGACCUCCCUGCACCUUCCGCUCUGGCAUGCCCCUGCAUAGACCCACUGCAGGUGCAACCUACAGGCCGGGCUUUCCUGGGUCUCACGGCGUCUAGGAAACAAGGUUCUGUGGGUAAAAUCAGAGAGGCCACUCUGUACUGGGACCAUACCUGAGAAAGAAAAAGUGAGAAAGAAAAAGCCUCCAGCAUGCUGGGGACUAUGUGGGAACAGAGUGUGGGUAUGGGACCAUACCCUUGAGUCCCCUGGGGUCUAGCUGGUCCUGUCUUGGGGAGCCACGUAGGCUUGUGUGGAACAGCGAGGGUGAGGACACCUUAAGGAGAAGGGUAUUGGCCCACCUGCCUGUGACAUGGGGCCACGAAGGCUGGUUUCCUGGAGUCCCAGAGGUAGUGAGUUGGAACUUUCCGGGGACCGGGGAUGUCCUUAUUCCUCUCGUUGGCAGUUUUGUGGUCUCAGGCCAACGGGCUUCCCAGGAAUGGUAUGGCUGGUUCCAAGCUACCAGCGUGGUGUCGCUGAGCAAGGAGCUGGGAUUAGAC